GGUCCCACACCUGUGUCCGCAUUCCCCCGGCUGCCCACUUGGUCCACCCCACACACUGCCCACAGCUCACUCUUUCCCCUCACUCACCUCCCAGGCAGAAGUAACCUCCCUGGUCGCUUCCCCUCUAGCUCUCUGUGUGUCCCUCUGCCACAAGUGGACUUCAGGAACCUCUGUCUGCCUCCCCGACACACUGAGACUCUUGGGAGUGGAGACUGCCUUCGUUCCGGGGGACACGCAGAAGAAGAACCCUGAAAGUGAGCUGGACAUGAUUUCCACGAGGGUGAUGGACAUUAAGCUUCGGGAGACUGCUGAAGGCCUUGGGGAGGACAGCACAGGAAAGAAAAAAUCCAAAUUCAAAACUUUUAAGAAGUUCUUUGGGAAGAAGAAGAGAAAGGAAUCGCCUUCGUCCACAGGAAGUAGCGCCUGGAAACAGAGUCAGGCGAAAAGUGAGGUCGUUGCCCUCGAGUCGGGGCCUGUGGGCUAUGACUCAGAGGAUGAGCUCGAGGAGUCGAGGGGCGCGCUGGGCAGCCGAGCCCUCUCACAUGACAGUAUUUUCAUUCCUGAGUCGGGACAGGACCCCGCUCGGCCUGUGCGGGUGUUUUCCCAAGAAAAUGUGUGUGACCGGAUCAAAGCUCUGCAGUUAAAAAUACAGUGUAAUGUGAAAAUGGGGCCGCCACCUCCUCCAGGGGGCCUUCCUGCCAAGCGAGGAGAUGAUGCCGGCAUGAGCUCUGAGGACGACGGUCUGCCCAGGAGCCCCCCAGAGAUGUCCCUGCUGCCUGACAUGGGUCCCGGCACAACCAUAAAGGUCUCUUUAGUUCCCUCAUCCCGGCCGGUGUCUCCAGACCAGCUCUUCUCCAGACAGGCAAGUGAUGCCACCGUCUCCGCCCGGACCUCGGACAGCAGCUUGGCACCCGUGGCUGAUUUCGAUUAUCCCCCAGAGUUCUCCUCCUGCCUGGACAAUUCUGCAGCUAAGCACAAGCUCCUGGUUAAGCCCCGCAACCAGCGGUCGAGCAAAAUGAGGCGGCUGUCUUCGCGAGCACAGUCCGAAUCCCUGAGCGAUCUGACAUGCACCCCAGAGGAGGAGGAAGACCAUGAGAAGCCAUUACCCAAAGUCAGCACGGAAGAGAACCCCAGUUCCAGACAGCAGGAUGUGGGACUGCCCAGAGGCCCUGAACCUGAGGGGCCAGCCACCAUGCUGCAACCUGGGGGGCCGCGGGCAAGACGGGCUCGCCUGCAGCACUCCCCAGCGCUCAGUGCCAGUGCUGAGGAGGAGAGCCCCCCUGAGGAUAACCCCCCAAGUCACCCGGACACCCCAGAGGUUACUGAGCCUGAGUUAGGCCCAGCCCCCUGCUCAGAGUCCCUAUCUCUGCCAGAAGGCUCCCUGUACCCUAAUCCCAGCAGCAAAAACCAGAGGGAGGAGCUGCCCCUUGCAAGCACAUGUCCCCUAGCCGAGGACACAGCUGAUGGGGUGGUUUCUGCUUCUGGAGACGUGGAGAGUCAACUGUCUUCUUACGUCCCUGAGGUGGACAUGACGUCUUCUGAGACUGACCCUGCCACCAGCUUGGAGACUCCCUCUGGUCUGGAUGAGCUGGACCAAAAUGUCCAGAAGGAGAUGGAGCUGAUGCUGGAAGUGCCCAGUCCCGAGGGAGCAGAGAAGGAAUCUUCCGAGGCUCCUGCCCCCAGCCCCCCCGCCCCCAAGAGCUGCUUGAAGCACAAGGCCCCGGCAGUGGCCGCGAGCCUCGUCGUGUCUCCCACCCCGCCCGCCGCAGAGGAGCCCCCUCCCUGUUCCCUGGACAAAGAGGCUGCAGCCCCGGAGCCCCCCAGGGCUGAGCAGGUGGAGGCCCCACAGGGGGUACCCGAAAGGGUGGCGCCUGAGCGGAAGGUCGGCGUGCACAAGUUCUCCGUGUCGUCGGGCAGGGGGUGGCCGCGCAGGGGCAGCGCCCGGCCGCUCGAGCGCCCCGGCCCCGCGGGCUCUGCCGUCCGCCUGCCCCUUCUGAGGAGCAGCAUGGCCUGGAAGAGCGAGGCUGCACUCGACGACCUCCAGGCACUGCCCGAGCCCCAGGAUGGAAAACUGGACCCUCCGAAGCCCUCCUCGCCAGCUGAGUGCGGCGCCUGGGACUCAGAGGACAGGGCGACCAGCCAGGCCGGGCCCGGCCCGGGCCCCCGGGAUGCGGCGACCACACCGGCCACGAGAGACCCCUGCCCCGCCGCUCCGGAGCCGCCCCCGGGGGAGGACAGAAACCCUUUUCCCGUCAAGCUCCGGUCCACUUCUCUCUCUCUCAAACACAGGGAUGUGUCCUCUCCGGAAGUCAAAGGCAUGAAGAGGUACAGUGCCGAGAUCCGGCUGGAGAAAGGAGGACUGACUGUGCUCUCGAAAGAUGAGAAAUGUCAGCUGGGGACGGCCCCCACCCCUCGAGGUGCCAGGUGCCCGAACGACCAAGGCAAGGGGAGGGCCCGGGCCUCGGAGCAGCUCAGCUCCAAACCGCCGCUGCCCAGAAAGCCGCUGCUGCAGACGCUCACCCUCCCGCCCGCUCCCGCGCCCCCCGACGGCGGCCCCGGCGAGCUGGAGAAGGCGGCGCCCCCCGAGCCCAGAAGGGAGAGCAGGACCGCGGAGAAAAGGUCACCGCACAGGGGAGCUGAGAAGGGCUUGCCUCCCGCAGCAGCGGAGCCCGGAGCCGAGGGCCAGCCUGCGCCACCCUGGAUCACCAUGGCUCGGCAGAAGCGGCGAGGUGCCCCGGAGCAGCCUCCCAACCAGGAAGACAGGCCUGGGGCCCGGCCCCUGAAGUCGGAAGUAGGAAAGCAAGCCAAGGCACCGGAGAGAGCCCAGGAGCCCAUGAAGCAAGCCGACUUUGUCCGCAGCAAAUCUUUCCUGAUAGCCCCUGCUAAGCCAUCUGUGGACCGGAGGGAGGGGAUGAGGCUCCGUCUCCAGGAGGGGCUGCAAAGAGGGAUCUCAUUGUCCCAUCAGAACUUGGCAGCUCAGUCUGCAAUAAUGAUGGAGAAAGAAUUGCAUCAGCUGAAGAGAGCCAGUUACGCCAGUACAGAUCAGCCAUCCUGGAUGGAACUUGCCAGAAAGAAAUCUCAAGCUUGGAGUGACAUGCCCCAAAUUAUAAAAUAGGUUGACAGUGUGCUGAUAAAGAAUGUCCACUACUUUGACGGGUCACUAAGUUAAAAACUGCCGCUAAAUCAAGGCAAGCAAACCAUGAAACUUAAGAGUGAUUUUGUCAUCAAGUUAUGGGAGAGCAAGCUCGGGGAAGAGGAAGGAACCAGGCAAACAAGGAGAAUAGACACACAGCCACAGGCCUGGGCCAGAGGUGCCCGCGAACAAGAACACCAUUGAAAAGGGCCAGGAACAAGGUCCUGUGCCCAAAGGUAUGAAUGUGAGUCUUUCAGAAUUCCCUUGAUAAACGGGGCCUGGACAAGGAAGAAAAUGGAAAUGAAAUGCUGACGCAUAACUGGGACACACCUCCAAGGCCAGAAGAGAGGGCAUUCCGGGAGAACGUGUGUCUGUGCUUCCACCUGAAAUCCGCUUGCGUCUCUGGUCGUCGUCUUGCCUGUCGAUCCCAUCUUCUCCUUUCAUGUUUACUAUUAGGCAUGAUGUUUAUGGUAAAACAGGGAUGCCAUUUUCAAGAGCAGCUAUAAAACCAUCAGUUUUCCUGAAGAUAGCCACUCUAAGAAGGAGCAGAAGGAACAUAGCAGAGUUCAUCAGUUCAUAGACUGUUUCCAAAAAUGAUUUUUAAAUUUUUCCACUAGGCAUCUGUGUCCUUAACCAUUGCACAAUGCAUUGCCUGUUCAAUAAAAGGUUUUAACCAUG